UCAUUCUUCAUCUUUCUGUGAUAUUGUCAGAUGACACGAGACUGAGGUUCAGCAGCAGUCGUGUUGCUGUCACGGUUGGCAGUCUGCUGGAUGACCAGCACUGGCACUCCGUCAUCAUUGAACGCUUCAACAAGCAGGUGAACCUCACAGUGGACUCCCACACGCAGCACUUCCAAACCAAAGGCGAAGGAGAUUCACUAGAGGUCGACUAUGAGCUGAGUUUUGGAGGCAUCCCGCUUCCCGGCAAACCUGGAACUUUCCUCAGGAAGAACUUUCACGGAUGUAUGGAAAACCUGUACUACAACGGAAUCAACAUCAUCGACUUGGCAAAGAGACGCAAGCCACAGAUAUACAGUGUGGGAAAUGUGACCUUCUCAUGCUCACGGCCCAAGCUGGUGGCAUGCACCUUCCUGAGCUCCAGCAACAGCUUCUUGUCGCUACCGGUUGCUGCACCAUCCACCAUCAUGGGGGGUUUCUCCAUUCUUCUACAGUUCAGGACGUGGAACCCUGAUGGACUGCUGUUCUCUGCAUGGCUGAGCCGAGAGCCUCAGAGACUGGAGCUGCAGAUCAGAAACAGCCGGCUGCUCCUGACCCUUCACAGUUCGAGGCAGCAGAAAUCAGAGGCCUUGGCCGGUCACAGAGUCAAUGAUGGACUGUGGCACUCAGUGAGUCUCGACACCAGAAGUCUGCAGAUCACUCUGACUCUGGACAGUGAGCCGGCCUCCACCAUUGAGCAGUGGGAACAACUGGAAGCUGGAGGCAGCUUCUACUUUGGAGGCUGUCCUCCAGAGGGCUGUCAGAACCCGACUCUGGCCUUCCAGGGCUGCAUGCGCCUUAUAUCCAUCAACAGCCAGCCAAUCAACCUCAAUCAUGUCCAGCAAGGAUUGCUUGGAAAUUAUAAUGAUCUUCAGUUUGACACCUGCAACAUCAGAGACAGGUGUCUUCCUAACCUGUGCGAACAUGGAGGUCGGUGUUGGCAGUCCUGGAGCUCUUUCUCCUGUGACUGUUCUGGGACCGGUUACUCCGGAGCUACCUGUCACAACUCCAUAUACGAGUCGUCCUGCGAGGCCUAUAAGCUGAUUGGCAGCUCCUCUGGCUUUUACUCCAUUGAUCCAGAUGGGAGCGGCCCUCUGGGGCCCACGCCGGUCUACUGCAACAUGACAGAAGAGAGGGUGUGGACAGUGCUGUCCCACAACAUCUCAGCUCCAGUUCGAGUCCAGGGCUCCUCUCUGCAGAAACCUCAUACCAUGAUGUUAAACUACAGCGCCUCGGUCAAACAACUGCGCGCCGUCAUAACGUGGUCAGAGCACUGCCAACAGGAAGUUGUUUACAACUGUAGGAAGUCCCGCCUUUUCAACACGAAAGAUGGCCGUCCGUUGUCCUGGUGGUUGGACCAUGGAGGAGAAAGGCGUAGCUACUGGGGAGGCUUCCUGCCUGGAGUCCAGCAGUGCUCUUGCAGCCUGGAGGAGAACUGCAUUGACAUGAACUACUUCUGCAACUGCGAUGCUGACAAAGACUCAUGGGCUAAUGACACAGGGGUCCUCUCCUAUAAAGACCACUUGCCAGUGAGCCAUAUCAUCAUCGGAGACACUAACAGAACAGGCUCGGAGGCCAUCUACCAUAUCGGCCCUCUGCGUUGUUAUGGAGACAAGUCCAUCUGGAACUCAGCAUCCUUCUAUCAGGAGUCCUCCUCCCUCCUCUUCCCCACCCUGCAGGCUGAGCUCACCUCUGACAUCUCCUUCUACUUCAAGACCAGCGCUCCCUCUGGGGUCUUUUUGGAGAACCUGGGCCUUAAAGAUUUCAUCCGAGUGGAGCUCAGCUCUCCUUCUGUGGUGACUUUCUCCUUUGACGUGGGAAAUGGCCCUGCGGUCCUGUCUGUGAAGUCCCACCUCCCUCUGAAUGACAGGCAGUGGCACUAUGUGAGAGCGGAGCGUAACGUAAAGGAGGCGUCGCUGCAGGUCGACCAGCUCCCCCUCCGCUUCCUGGAGGCUCCAGAUGAUGGACACCAACGCUUGCGCCUCAACAGCCAGCUGUUUGUAGGAGGAACAGUGUCCCAUCAGAGAGGCUUCCUCGGCUGCAUUAGCACUCUGACCAUCAACGGUGUGACCUUUGACCUGGAGGGGAAAGCUAAGACGGUGCCAGGAGUGAGCUCCGGUUGUCCAGGUUACUGCAGCGGCUCCAGCAGCCUGUGCCACAACAGAGGGAGGUGUAUCGAGAAAAGCAACGGCUACACCUGCGACUGCUCACAGUCAGCCUACGGAGGACCCACCUGUAAAGAAGAGGUGUCGGUGUCCUUCGACAGAGAGUCCUCGGUGACCUUUACCUUCCAGGAGCCCUUCUCAGUGAUGCAGAACAGAAGCUCCCAGGCCUCCAGUGUUCCCCGACAAAGCAGCAGCAGGGCCAGAGAGGACAUGGCCUUCACCUUCAUCACGUCCCAGAGCCCAGCCAUGCUGCUGACUGUCAGCACCUUCAGCCAGCAGUACAUUGCUGUCAUCCUGGCUCACAACGGAAGUCUGCAGCUUUGGUAUCACCUGCAGACACACAGGAUCCCGGAUGUGUUCAGCCCCAUCCUCAGCAGCCUGGCAGAUGGACGGAUUCACAGGAUCAGAAUCCACCGUGAGGGCAAAGACCUCUAUGUGCAGAUCGACCAGGACAUCCACAGAAAGUACACGCUGUCAUCUGAUGCAGAGCUGAUCUUAAUCAGAUCCUUGACAUUGGGCAAAGUCAUCAGAAGAGACAGCUUCCAAGAGGAGGUGGUUCAAGCAGGUUCGAAGGGUUUCAUUGGCUGCCUCUCCUCAGUCCAGUUUAAUCACGUGGCCCCUCUGAAAGCAGCACUGCUGAAUCGAGGGAGCUCAUUGGUCACCAUCCGGGGUCCACUGGUCCAGUCAAACUGUGGAGCGCUGGCAGAUUCUAUCACAUCCCACAAUCUGCGAGAUCAAGUUGCAACAACGAAUAAAGAUAAGGAGAAGCAGGGAGGUGAUACCCAAAGUGAUGUGGCUGUAAUAGCAGGUGUGGUGACAGCAGUGGUAUUCAUCACAGUUUGUGUCCUGGCUGUGGUGACCCGCCUCCUGUACCGACAACGGACCCAGCGGACUAAUGACAGCAUCAAGGAGAAGGAGAACCGCCACAGCAUGGAGACUGAAAACAGGACAGAGAUGCACCUCCAUAGCUCUGUCAGGGACACCAUGAAAGAGUAUUACAUCUGAAUACAUAAGGGAGUACUUCAUCUGACCACAUGGAAGAGUACUACAUCUGACCACAUGAAGGUGGACUACAUCUGACUACAUGAAGGUGGACUACAUCUGACCACAUGAAGGUGGACUACAUCUGACUACAACAUGGUGGACUAUAACUACAUAAAGGUGGACUACAGUCCACUACAAUAUGGUGUACUACAUCUAACUACAUAAUUGUGUACUACAUCUAACUAUAUGAAGUUGGACUACAUCUGACUGCAAAAUGCUGGACUACAUCUAACCUCAUGUAGGUGGACUACAUCUGACUACAUGAAAGUGGACUACAUCUAACUACAAGAUGGUGGACUACUUCUAACUACAUGAAGGAGGACUUCAUCUAACUAGAAGAAAGCAAACUACAUGAAGGUAGACUUCAUGAAGGUAGACAUCUCUCCACAGGAACGUGGACUAUGUCUGACUACACAAACAUGGGCUACAUCUGAGUAGACUAAGGGGUUCUACAUCUGACAGGAGUCAGUGAUCUAUCUUAUACGUAAGGCAGACAAUCUGCUGUUGCAGCGUUUCAUAUGAACACAGAUCUCUGAGCUCAACACCUGCACCUUGACCAAAGGCACUGCAAACACCCAGGGACCUUCCUGCUGUGUGGACUAUAAAGCAAAAACAGAAUGGGGUUGGAUCUUUACACGUGUUUGACGUUGCAGAAACUGUGACAAAUGGAGCUGCUGUGGUUUUAAACCAGCAGAUAAUUGAGAGAGGGAGAAUUAAUUGGGAACCUGCUGCACCUCCUGAAUGUGCACACCAUUUUCGUACUAACUCCAAAUGCUGAAUAUUUCUGCAUUUCAGUAGAAUAUACUUAAUGAUACAUGGAAAUCAAAAGAAGUAGGCCUGGCCUGUUUUGUGCACAUUCGCUGCCGUCUUUUUUUAGCUUGGUGGUGAAUGUUGUUGUGUUGACAGGGAAGAGGAACAGGGGGCCAAUACUGCCUACUGUAUGAGUGCCUAAUUUGCAUUUCCAUAUGAAGGAGCUUGUUAUCUUUCAGCCCACAAUAAAAAAUACAAAAAACAGAUGGACGACAGUAGAAAUUUUAAUCACCCAGUAGCUCAACAGCAUCAGCUAUUUGACCAUUAGGUGAAAUGUGAAAUGUUUCUCUCAGUUGAGUUGUAUUUUUUGUUUGUUUGUUUUGUUUUUUUGCACUGCACUUAAAGUAGUAUAAAAAUCAACAGACCAGGAAUAACUAAUGAAAUGAUUAAAUUACUUUCAACUCAGAGGUGUACCAAGUUUUUGGACUUACCCAGGCCAAUUAAGCAAAAGUCUUCAUGGUAACUUUAUCUGUUCGUUAUUUUUAUUUAUUUGUAUCUUUUUUUAACAUUUUACAUACAUGUUUCUAUACAGACGAGUGACAAUUGAAGGAAAAUAAAGAAGUGGAGAAAAAUAACAGAUGCAGGUGUUACCACAUAGGUGCAUCACAUGGUACAGUUAAGCAAUGAACAUCCCAUCAUGUUCUUUGGCAUGUAUGAAAAUGCCAAGUCCAGUUCAUUCUGGUUUUCACAGAGGCGUUAUUGUAGUCAUGCUGCAGUGCAUAAAGCUCUCAUUAAAAGGGUGAACACACAUUUAAGAGUUCUUCUAUAAAGAUGGGGGAAAAAAGUGAUCUGGUCGUAUAGGUCAUCCUUCAACAUUUUUUCAGUGCAUGCAAGAGAACGCUACAGGCCUGGAUGCUGGAACCCUAGAGUGAGGGCAUCUGGUGGUCUUGUUAUACUGUGGGGGGCAUUUUGCUGCCAUGGUUCUAGCCCACUUGAACCCCAAGAGCAGUGGUUCUCAAACUGUAGGGUACCCACUGCAAGUAAGAGACGGAUGACCAGAGGACAAAUAUGGAGAGAUACUAAGUUGAAUGCUUUGCUGCUGGCUUUUAUUUCACUAAAAUUCAACUUGAUCCUAUUUUGAAACAUUUCUAUCCUUAUCAGUAUGCGUCAGUGAUUUGAUAAACAUGAAUGUGAGUCAUGUUUUAGUUUUAAAAGAAUGCUCUUCAUCUCUCCAGUAGAGAUCAGAGACAUGUAGAAUCAAUGCCAAGCUGUUCACAGACAUAUUGGCCAAACACACAAGACACUACUAAGACCCUCUAUGUUGGUUUUUCCUCUAAUUUGUCACCCGUCUGUAUACAUGGAGUCGUGUCAUGUGAUUGCUCUUCUUAAUGAUUUGUACAACUGCUGUUUUAUUAGGGGUAUA